AUGUCACCACAUGAGGCCUUGUAUGGGUUUGCUGUCAGAACUAUACCUGGCUAUACUAGUCGCUCUUCUUUGGUCCAAGACGUGGAUGAUCUAUUGCGAGUUAGGGAGAUUCUUGACAUGGAACUCCGAUUUCGCCUCCAACAAGCCCAAGAACGCAUGAAACGCCAAGCUGAUUCUCAUAGACGCAAUGUUAGUGAUUUAGUUCUCUUAAAGCUUCAACCAUAUCGGCAGGGGUCCGUAGUGAUGCGAAGACAUUUGAAGCUUGGUAAGAAAUAUUUUGGACCAUUUAAGGUGCUCCAAAGAGUGGGAACUGUCGCUUACAAACUGGAGUUACCAGUUGGAAGUGCCAUUCAUCCCGUUUUUCAUGUUUCACUACUGAAGGAGUUUAAGGGUGAGUCCAUUAUGGCAGGGGGCAUCAACGAGCUUCCUCUUUCUCUGCCUUUUGAACCAGUGCCGGUAGCCAUUAUUGAUAGUAGAACCUUGUAG